UGGCGCGUGCGGGCAGUGGCGGAUCCCCACCUGCUGCGGCGGCCGCGCGGCGUCGAAGCAGGGGUCCGGGGGAGACGGGGGCCGCACUGGGGGUCAGGAGGCCGGGAGUGGGCGAGGUGCGCUGAGCUGAGUAGCGGAGGGCUGUCGCCACCAGCCCGAGACUCCCUCACUGACGACGCAGGCGGUUUAGAAGACGGCGAGACGGGGGGAGGGGGAGACACGAGAAACUGGGGUGCAUGGGAGGGCAGGGUCACGGGCCGGCCGCCCCAGGCCCCAGUCCUGCGGCCGUGGCGCUCCAGCGCGCCCUGUGCUCGGGACACCCCACCCCCACCCCGAGAGCUUGACCGCCCCUGGGUGCGAGGUCCACGGCCUGCGCAGCUUCGGCUUGCCCUUCGGACCCCCGCCGGGCCCAGGGAGGCCGAGGUCACGGUCGCUGGCCUGGGCGGCGGCCCCUCCUCCCCAGCGCCUGCCGGCUCGGCCCCAGCCUGCUCCGGGAGUCAGAGUCGGGGAUCGAGCCUCGCAGUGCCGGCGGUGGAGAAACCGGGACGAGAGGGCAGUCAGCGGAGGCCGGGCACUUCCGAGGGGAGACAGUUCCAGAGGGGCUUCUGGCGCCCCGCAGGCUGGCCGGGGCGCGCCGAGGUCGCGGCAGGGGAGGCGCAGAGCUGUCUGCACCCUGGACGGGGCGCGCCGAGAUUUGUCGGUGUUAAUGCAUCUGACAUCAACUAUUCCUCAGGCCGCUAUGACCCUUCAGUCAAGACCCCCUUUGACAUAGGUUUCGAAGGUGUGGGAGAGGUGGUAGCCUUAGGCCUGUCUGCCAGUGCCAGGUAUGCCGUUGGCCAGGCCGUGGCUUACCUGGCGCCCGGCUCCUUCGCUGAGUACACAGUGGUGCCUGCCAGUGCCGCGGCUCCCGUGGCCUCUCUGAAGCCCGAGUAUGUCACCCUGCCAAUAAGUGCUACCACUGCAUACAUCAGCCUGAAAGAGCUCGGAGGACUGUCGGAAGGGAUAAAAGUGUUGGUGACGGCAGCAGCUGGGGGGACAGGUCAGUUUGCUGUGCAGCUUGCAAAGAAGGCCAAGUGCCAUGUCAUUGGCACCUGCUCUUCCGAUAAAAAGUCUGCUUUUCUGAAGUCCAUUGGCUGUGAUCGUCCCAUCAACUAUAAGACUGAGCCUGUCAGCACUGUCCUGAAGCAGGAGUACCCCAAAGGUGUGGAUGUGGUCUAUGAAUCAGUCGGGGGCGCCAUGUUUGACGUGGCCGUAGAUGCCUUGGCUGUCAAGGGCCGCCUGAUAAUCAUUGGGUUCGUCUCUGGCUACCAAACUCCUACGGGCCUUGCACCUGUGAAAGCAGGGACAUUACCGGCCAAACUGCUGAAGAAAUCUGCCAGUGUCCAGGGCUUCUUCUUGAACCAUUACCUUUCUGAGUAUCAGGCAGCCAUGGACCACUUGGUUGAGAUGUAUGCGGGUGGAGACCUGGUCUGUGAGGUGGACCUUGGAGACCUUUCUGCAGAGGGCAGGUUUAUCGGCCUGGAGUCCGUAUUCCGGGCUGUUGAUUAUAUGUACAUGGGAAAAAACACUGGAAAAAUUGUAGUUGAAUUACCUCGCUCUGUCAACAGUAAGCUAUAAACAAUGACAUAAAUCAAAGGAGAAAGAAAAUGGGCACAUUAUUCCCCAGAAUUACUCAAAUCAUUUGUAGUUGGUAAUGGGUAGAAUAUUUCUUAAAACAAAAGUCAGGUGUUAAUGAAUAAGUUUCUCUUUCUCUUUUGUUUUUUGGGUUUUCUUGCCCCUCCUUUCAAAAAAAUGCUAAUAAAAACUUCUCUCGAUGGCUCAGAGGUAAAACUGUUAUAUUCAAUUCUUUGGUCAUGGACAGUCUCAUUCCAGAUUUUAUUGUUCCAGAGAAUUAAAUUAAUUCCUGAUGCAAGAUCUGAUCAAAUCAGUAUGUCUUCAGCUUGAUGAGAUUUUAAAAUCGGUCUUGAAAAUAGUCCACAAAUUCUUUACUUUAGGAGAGUUUGGUCUUAGGCUAAUGAGCAGUUAAUAAAUGAGAGAGAGAGCAGAAGGGCACUCAUAUAUUUUGAGUCCAUAUUCCCAGGAAAUGGCCCUUCCCUUUCUGUAAAUCACCAACUAUCUAAAUAGAAAUUUGGAGGAAUUCUCCCAAAACUUUGAUUUGUUAGAUCAUUGGAAAAAUGACUAUGUGAACGCAGACCUGUUUUUAAAAAGUGUCUAUUAUUUGCUGCUUUAUGCACCAUUAUCCCGGUUAGGCCUGUGUGGAACCGAAAGUUCUCUCUGCCCUUAAGAAGCAGUGUUGAAAACUGAUGAGACAAAAGCAGACUUUAGAGGGGGAUAUUGCCGAGAUGGGGGGAGCUUUAGAAACUUAGUACCUACCUGGGAAGGGAGAGGGUGUGCUGUGUCCACGGGGAGGGGAUGUUCUGCCCAACGAAGGGAAAGCACUCUCUAGGCACAGGGCCAGAGAUUAAUAACAGCAUCCUUCCUGUGCCUGAAGUCGGAUCUACCAGACAGCACCGUGCAGAGGAGGGACUGACGCAAUCGAAAAUAAUAAGACAUUCGCUCCGUGUUUCAGACUUUCGGACACGGUGUGUUUUCUCUCUGAUCUUGGAAACAGAAGAGUGUGUGUGGCAGAGAACCCUGUCGCUGUGUCCCCAUUUUCCUUCGUUCUGUGGGAAAGAACGGCUCCUCGUUACUGCAGCCCACUGCCCGGUGUCACACGUGAGAGGAACGUCACGAGCCUUCCCCGGUGAAUCAUGCCCGUGGCCGCUGUGCCCACCUCCUCACCUUCAGCUCACCAAAGCCGGCUACGGCUCUCAUCGCGAACUCGGAAAUCCCAUCGUGCCUUUCUAAUUGAAGCCAAAGCCCACCCGAUUAUGGUUCAGAGCCCUGGGUUUCGGUGUCUCUAACGUGCUAAAUAAAUACGAACGCAAUUAAAGAUGCUCCAGGAAA